UGUCAUCACAGCUGUCAUUCCGGUUUGUUUUUGUCAACAAGCAACGAUCGAUGCAUGGCCGUGUAAAUAUUACUAGGCCGCAUAAUGUUCCGCUUGGUAAAACCGAAAAUUGUGAGUGUGAUAUUCGAUAGUUCGUUGAAGCACAGCAAAUACAGCUAUCUUUGUGCACUGCGAUAUGCUCACCGGGCUGCUGUGCUACGGGAGGCCGGCAAACCGGUCGUUCUGGAAACCGUUAAAAAGGUGGAAAAACUUAAAAGCGAUGAGGUGCGAAUAAAGGUACACUACUGCAGUCUCAAUUCGACCGACGUCAAAAUCAUUACCGGCAAGCAUGCCGAACUUAACGUCCCGCUACCCUUCAUUCCCGGGCAUGAAUUUUCCGGUGAAAUCGUUGAGAUCGGGAAGGAAAAUCCGCACUUUUUCAACCGGGGCGACCGGGUGGUCGUUAUGAACGAUCUGCAAGAUCCGAACGGGGGGCUCAUAACGGAGGCGGUCGUAAAAAAUCGGGACGUAUGGCCGGUGCCACAAACGGUGCCGCUGCGUGAAAUGGCCGUCCUACCGUACGGGCACGGAACCGCCCUGCUAGCGUUUGCUUUGCACUGUAAUUUGAAGGAAAACGAUUUGAUACUGAUAACGGCGGGACCGGCCGGUAUGGGGCUGGCUGCGAUCGAUUUGGCCGUCAGCGUGUACAAAGCGAAGGUGAUUGCGGUGUGCGACACGGAAAGCAGUACCGAUCUGGUGCGGGAAAAGGGUGCCCACAAGGUGCUAAGCAUGACGAAGAACAACUUCACCAAGCUGUACAAAAAUGUACAGGACGCGAUGGAUGGCAAGAAGGCAAAGGUGGCGUACGAUGCGGUAGGGAAGGGGCUGCUGCAUCUGCUGGCUGAUUUUGUCGAUCCUGCCAACGGCAAGCUCAUCUCGGUGGACCCAUUUUACAACGCAUCCAAGUUCCCAACGGAAGUGCCAGAGUUUGAUCGACCCAAGCGAAAGGAAAAGGAUGAAAAGCCGGCGGAAGCGGAAGCGAAAGCAAAACUGAUCCAAGACGUGCGUCACUUCGAUUUGUACGAGUAUCCGGAUUUGGACACUUACCGGCAGAUGAUUUCCGACACGAUCGAGAUGCGGUCGGAGGGUAUGAUUGCGGGACACAUAAGCAAAACGUUCCCGCUCGCUAAAAUUCAGCAAGCGAUUGAGUUUGUGCAGCAAAAACAGUGCACCGGCAAGGUGCUAAUCGAUGUCCAGUGUCCGGAUGGUGACGAUGACGAUUGUCCCGAUGCAAAGGAAAAGAAGGCGAAGAGCAAAGAGGCAGAGGAGAAGAAGAAAUCGAAAGAUUGAACACUUGCUUGAAUGGAAAAGGGUUUAAUUGUUGGAGCUGUACGAUGGGGAAAUGCGAUUUCUUCAAUGUAGCAAGCUGUUAAAAAGGAUCAUCUUCAUUGUAUUUUUCCAUCAUCUCUUUCAUGCACUCUUUCACAUACACCCUCGUACGGUUGGAUGUUUUCCAAAAGAAAAAUUUAAAUAUGUAUCAAUUCGUAAUUGCCGCAUUAAUUAAAUAACUAUUCAAUCGCAUCCUUUAGCACGGUGGUAACGUAUUAGUACAGAACUAAACUAAAGCUAAGAAUUUUUCAAGCGAUGAAGCACUUCACACAGCUGUUCAACGUUUGUGGUAUCGUAUCUUUGAAGAUUGUUGUUGACAGAUGUUGGAACCUGGCCUCGUGAGAACCUAAAUGACGACCCUGAAUUCUUGUUAGAUCCUAAAAUAUACCAGAAAUUGAUGAGAAAAUCCUUA